AUGAAGCUUGAAGAUAAUGAAGUGUGGUGGCAGUGGCUCGUGUCCUUUAAUGAUAUACGGCCUCUAUGGAAUGCGCAACCUUCCUAUUUGAUAUCCCAAGCACUAUAUAUGCUAGCUGGUGUAGCUACACUGUUUCAUGCUUUUAAUAAAGGAGGAAGAUGGCCAUACUUCUGGUUGGGCACAGUGCUGCAUGGUAUCUACGCGGAUAAUUUUUGGCAUUUUGUACUACCAGAGUUCGACAAUUUUUGGCAUUCCCAAACUCCCAUCAUACUUCUUGGGGCUCGAUUACCACUCCAUAUAGUACUUUUAUAUCCGGCUUUUAUUUACCAAGCGGCAUACGCCGUCUACAGGCUAAGAUUACCAAGAUAUGCUCAGCCUUUUGCAGUGGGUUUGUUAACGUUUCUUAUAGACAUUCCCUAUGAUAUAGUGGCCGUGAAAUUCGUCCACUGGACGUGGCAUGAUACCGAUCCUAAUAUUUAUGACCGUCAUUAUUGGGUGCCAUGGAACUCUUAUUAUUUCCAUAUGACAUUUGCUGCGAGUUUUUACUUCUUUUUCGACGUGAGUAGAAGAUGGAUGGCACCUGAUGUUGAACAAUGGACUUCGGCUAAAAAAGGAGUUGAGUGGAAAUCCCUUCUGAUAGCUACAGCAUUGGGUAUGCCCGGAGGUGUUCUGUUAUUUAUUCCAAUUUACCACCCCCUGCAUGAUGUAUUUAAUAUUCACACUGAAGUCACUGUCAUUGUUUUAUUCACUAUCUUCUCUGCUAUUGUAUUUUUGGGUAUUUUAAGCCCACGUGAGAAAAAAACAGAAAAGUUGACAUCGAUGGAUUACGUAUUGUUAAUUCAAUUGUGCGCCCACUAUCUCCUAUAUUGGACUUACGUAGUUUUCCUGGAUCCUUCAAAAGAAUGGUCUGUAGGUCUCCAUGAGCCAGUAGGCCCUUGUGAUGAACAAGCUUCACUAACAACGCCUUUUGGACAGACCCUGUAUAAACGUAAAUAUCUCUGUGCGCAAAACUAUGACGAAGGCUAUUUCAAUUUCCACUGUGUAAAUAACAAGCUGCCGCCACAUGGCUCCUCUUGGUAUACUAUAUGUGGUACUCCAUUUGAAAAUCGUAUGGAGUAUAUAGUAGUCUUGUCAACAAUCCUCUUGACGGCAGGCGGAGUUUUCUAUGGUAUUUAUUUCAAGGAUCGUGAUGAAUCACCCGCUAAUCCAUCUCCUAAAAAGUUGAAAAAGAAA